AACGUAGCUAAAAAUAAAAAAAGACUUUUAUUAAAAUGAAAUUUGUCGAUUAACAUAAUUUAUUAAAUUGGUGGAUAUAAAUAUCAGGAAAAAUUGUGCUUACUCAUUUUUUUUCCAGUGGGUCAACUUUUUUCCAAAUUUAUUUUCUAUCGGCCCUCUUGGUUAAUUUACGACAUGGAAUCCGUUGGUCAAUGACAAUGAGAUUGAGCAAUCGCCCGAUGUUCUCUCUUGUUGAGUUAUUUUUGUAUGUGGUACUAUUGUGUGAGUAAGAGAGAGGGAGAGGGAGAGAGAGAGAGAGAGAAAGAGAGAGAGAUAUUGAUGCAUCAUCAUUCGAUGACAUUUGAUAGUGUUAUCGGUUCAAAAAACGUGACAGUCAGACGCGAAGGAUGUACGGAUAAAAAGUGUGGACUGAGAUAAAACCUCACUCUGUGUUAUUGUAUUAUUACGUUUGGAUGCUGAGUCGUAGACCAAGGAAAAUUACGUCAGUCACAUCGAAAAUCGAGAUGUCAUUUAAACGCUGGGACCAAUUACACAUUCUGAGGCAAUAGCGGUUCAGUUGUAUUUAUUAAAUCUCUCGAUAGAGUGACAAGGCGAUGGCGCAAUCUGUAGCGAGAUUUGUUGGCGGGAAACUGGGAAUUUUCAAAAAAGUUUUACCAGUAUCGAGAUACAGCGUUGGAGGAAAAUUUCAUGAGAAUCAGAAGGGUUACCGGGACUGUAGAAAAAAGGGAAAUCGAUUGUUCGGCGGGACGGACUGCUCGUGGAUAGUUCAAUUAUGUCGGCCGAGUGGGGAUGCGCCUUGAUAUAUUUAAAAAGUGCGGCUACUCGCCACGCGACAGUCGCUUCACUUUCUGUGCCAUCGAUCGCAGAGACCUGACGUCGCGCUACUCUCGCCGUUCUCAUUGCCUUCUUGCACGACAGAUUACUUGAAAGAGAACAUGCCUGGUCAACUGGAGGAGUCCAAGGGAAAGCGUGCGACUUUUGGCAUGGGCUGCUUUUGGGCUGGCGAUUCCUUGUUUGGCUCCACGACAGGUGUCUUGAGGACCUGCGUUGGAUACUCUGGCGGUACCAAGGAUUCUCCAACGUAUAAAAACAUGGGGGACCAUACUGAGGUCAUCGACAUUGAAUAUGACCCUGAAGUCAUCUCCUACUCGCAGCUGCUCGGCCUCUUUUGGAAUAAUCAUGAAUACGGCCUCACCACAAGGAUAAAGCGACAGAAGUAUAUGUCCUUGAUUCUUUACCACGAUGAGGAGCAACGCGCCGUGGCAGAGAAGUCACGCGAUCAUGAACAACGGGAACGUGGUGAAACCUUCGUCACGGAAAUACAGCCGUUCAAGAAAUUCUAUCCAGCCGAAGAUUAUCAUCAAAAGUACAGACUUCAGUCGCAUCCGUGGCUCAUCGAGACUCUUGGACUGACGGAUAAGGAGAUUUUGAGAAGUUCUUCCUUAGCUGCCAAAUUAAAUGGCUACCUUGCUGGUGCUGGCACCAGUGAACAAUUCGAACGUGAAUUAGAUAGUCUUGGGUUGAACGAAAAAGCUGCACAGUACGUACGGAAGUACGUAAUUGAGAAUCAAGGAAACGGGUUGUACUGCUAGCAGAAUGAUUUGGGACCAAAAAUUAGAUCAUUAGACGUAGGCUACAACUGGAAUGAUUUCCCGCGUUGGAAAUCAGGGCCUGAUCUAUUCCGAUUUCAUAUUUGAUAUACGGUAUAAAGUAUAUUAAAAUACAAACAAAAUGUAUGUACAAUGUCGUGCACGGACUAUUACGAUUUUCUAUUCGUACGUGUUAAUAUUGGCGUAUGCUAUAAUAUGGCGCAAUAACGUAAAUGCAACGUAUUGUUUGUCGAUUGCCGCUUGAUCUUAGUGAAUUUUCUGGUGUGCGUAAGGAUAGUACGAGAUACGGCCGCAUGUGGCGUUGGUGGCGUUGAUAAAGGCUGUGAAAAUCGUACGACACGCGCUUUCACAUACUUAUUUCUUUUUGUGUUGAUUUGUUCUCACGAAUUUUCCAGCGUUUUCGAUUAACAGAUUUUUUCUACAGUUAUCAUGUAUACACGUGAAGAUAGACUUGUAUCGACACGGUGUUAUAUUAGACACGGUGAAGAAAAAUUGUGUCAAACGAAAACGCCAUUGAAGAACCGCGGCCAUUGUUUUUUGAGGCUAUAAGAGAUAUGCUCGUUGAGGUGAGGUUAGGUAAUUAAUCAAAUAGUAUUUUAGAAAACGUAAAUGUUAUUUGUAAGGUUUCAAUUAAUAGCGAAUUCAUUUUUUUUCUUUAGAGUACAAGUAUCUUGUUAUUCCUUGCUUUUUAAUUUUAUAUAAAGCAGGGAAUCUUAUUGUAUCUACACGAUUAUGAAUUAAACUGUAUUUUCCAGUAUCUUGUAA